AUGCGCAAGAUCCAGGAAGCCGAGGAGGAAUGGCGGACAAGAGCACAGGACAUCAAGGCGGGCAGGAUGCAGUCGCUCUUCAAGACGCUUGAGGAGCGAGGCUACAUCAACCAGACCGUCGGGUCAAAGGAAGAACUGGACGAGCUGAUGAUCCACCGCCGAGUUGGUGUCUAUGCCGGGAUAGACCCUACUGCCCCCUCUAUGCACGUUGGGCACAUGGUUGUCUUCAUGGUUCUGGGGUGGUUUUAUAUUCAUGGCUACGAUACGCAUUUUGUGUUGGGCGGAUUCACGUCGUCAAUAGGAGACCCUACCGGGCGAACCACCGGCCGAGAAGCACAGUCGGCGCCGACACGCAAAGCCAACAUUGCGGCCAUGCAUGCCCAACUGAAACGGCUUGGUGCUUCGAUCGAGAGGCACGCUGAACGGAAAGGCUUUCAGAAAGAGUGGGCGUGGCGAAGGUCACUGGACAACAAUUCCAUUUGGUGGAAUGCACUAUCCGCUAGAGACUAUCUCGCAAUAUUAGGUCGCAACGUGCGCCUGGGACCUAUGUUGGGAAGAGAUACUGUCAAGACUCGACUGGAAAAAGGAGAUGGAAUGUCGUACGCCGAGUUCAGCUAUCCUCUGGUUCAAGCUUGGGACUGGUGGCAUCUCUUCCAGAAAGGAGUGCAGAUCCAGGUUGGUGGUGGGGAUCAGUUUGGCAAUAUUCUUGCCGGGGCGGACGCCGUCAAGCAGAUUGCGAAGGACUCGCACGAAUACCAGACAGCACUACGCAACACAAAGAUCCUUGAUCAGAAAAACAAUAUUGACGUUACCUCUGAACCGCUGGGGAUCACCGUGCCACUUCUGACGACCUCAUCUGGCGAGAAGUUUGGAAAAAGUGCUGGGAAUGCUAUCUGGCUAGACCCUGAUAUGACACCGAUUUUUGAUCUCUAUCAGGCAAGCACUUUCUUCUCGCCUGACUUCGACGCGGACGUUGAACGAUAUCUCAAGCUCUUCACAUUUUUGCCAUUACCAGAGAUCCGGCAGAUCAUGGAAGAGCAUCAGAAAGACGCCUCGAAGCGUGUAGCCCAGCACACGCUCGCCCGAGAGUUUGUCGAGUUGAUAUACGGCACUGAAAGUGCCGAAGAAGCCGAACAGCAGCACCGACAGCUUUUCAAGAAGACGCUGACAAUCAGUGACAUCACAUCAAGUGCUACGGAUGCUAAAGCCACCAGUGCAGCUAAUGGCGCAGCAAGAACCGCUCCGAAUGCAAACUUUAUGCACCCGUCUCUGAAUAAGCAUGCUCAACCGAUGAGGAUGGAAGACAAUACGUCAACGAGGGUCAAGUUACCCAGGAGUCUUGUAGUUGACAAGCCGCUGGGUCAGAUCAUGUUCGCAGCGGGCUUGGUAUCUUCUAAAGCCGAAGGCCACAGAUUGAUCAUGGCCGGAGGAGCCUACGUCGGCGCAUUGCCAGGGUCGAUGAGCAAGAUGGAUGAUAACUUGAGUUUCGCUCCAGCACGGACCAAUACAGCUCAGGAAGCAUCCAAUUAUAUCAUCGACGAAAAGCUGCUCAUCUUACGGGUAGGGAAAUGGAAGAUGAAAAUCGUCGACAUCAUUUCCGACGAGGAAUAUGAGCAGGCCGGAUUGACCUGUGCUGCAUGGGAGGCGAUGAAGGCCGCUGAAGCAGCGGCUCAGGCCGAAGCUGGAGACAAGGAAACGCCACAAGAGCAUAGAUAG